GACGGCGGGCACACGUGCUGGGGGCGGGUGUGUGCGGAGGAGGAGACAGGAGGACCCGGGAGGAGUCGGGGACUCUGGGAAGACGAAAGUGAGGUGAUUCCAUUACUCCGGAGCGCAGAGCCAGAAGCAGCCUCAAUAACUGGAAACGAAACUGAUAGGAAGGGAGCAGCCGCGUCAGAGACCGUCUCCCUGCCGCUGCUGCUGCUCUGUCACUGGCUACCGCCCCGUGCCCUGGAAUGUCAGCUGCUGGCCGCUCGCACUAGCUGCUACCCACCCGGCCGGGGCCGGAGCAACGGGAAUCAUUGGCGUGAGCUGCCCGCACCGGAGCACCAAUACCCUCCCAGCUGCAAAAAUGCAGGAAACGGACAAAGAACAUGUUGCUAAGAUGCUGCGGUCUGUCUUGCAGUCAAACAAACAUGGUGUACUUUUACCUCGUUUGCAAAGUGAAUAUAAAUCUCUCACUGGAGAAUGGAUUCCUUUCAAAGAAAUGGGUUUCCACACACUUGAAGCAUACGUAAAAGCCAUCCCAACAGUAGUAAGGAUUGAUGUUAACCGAGUUGGUGAGGUUACAUGUCAUGCUGUUGCCUGCAAGGAAACUGCUCAAAUCGCUGAGCUUGUGGCACGCCAAAGAAGCUCAAAGAAGAAAUCUGGUGGCCAAGUCAACUGCCAUAUGAGGAUGAAAUAUUAUAACCCCAUCACUCACUUUGGAACACCUAAAGCUAUGCUUAGAAAGCCAGGUUUCGCACCACAGCAAGACAGGGUUAUACGUAAGGCUAUACCAUCGGUUACAAGGGUAAAAGGUCCUGUUUGGAGUGGCCGGCCACCAAUGGACCCACCUAAUCUACAUAUUACAACAAUGUACGGAUCUGGACUUGUUAGGGAAGUGCCAAUGCAGAGGCCUCCACCCAUUAACAGGCCUGUAAGGAAAGUAAGUCUUCCACCCCGAUUCCAGAAAGAAGUGAACCAACAUUUGGCUCCACACCUUACAGUAGAUACUAAUGCUAAUAACCCAAAACCUGCGUUGCUCGCCAAUUUCCAUCCGAACCUCUCCUUGAUACAGAGCAACCUCCGUGAUCUUUUCAGCAAGCACAGCAAUGGUAUACCAUUACUGAAAUUACAACAUGUAUACAAGGAGGACUUCAAACAUGAUUUGAGUGAAGAAGUGUUAAAACAAGUUGUUUAUUGGACGCAUAUUUGUACGGUACAGCGGCUCGUAACCAGUGGUCAGACUGAAUUGGUUCUAUUUUCCCCUGCAAAAAAGCAACAGGUUACCCAACAAAGUAGUAAUCAGGUUAAACCAAGUCUGCCCUCUAGUACAAAGCAGUUUCCCCCCUCAAAACAAAAUGAAAACCCACUACCUCAUGUAGAACUUAAGCAGAGAGUUUCUGAAAUCUUGACAAAAUACAGCAAUGGUCUCUGGUCUCACGCACUACCAAAAGUUUUUGAAGACACAUUCAAAACUAAAUUUCCUUCAGAUAUUCCGAACUUGGAUGUACUGUCCGACAUAUGCACUAUAGAUGUUAUUUCUGAAAACCCUUAUAAAGCAAUCCUUUAUCCAAAGACCAAAGGAAGUGGAGACCAAAAUCUGAACCUUUCAGUUAACUUGAACAAUACCAUUAAAGAAGUAAUGUGUGCGGAAAAAACAUCCAACAUAGAACGUUUGGAUCAAGAGAUGGACACUGCUAGUACUCCCCCACCCUUGGUCAUUCCCUCAGAAGCCUCCCCCUCUGUUCUUGUUAUUGAAUUAAAUAACACAGAAGAAAUUUUGAUAAGGUAUGUUGGCCAAGACUAUUCUGCUGCACUAGAACACAUGGAAGAUCAGAUGAAGGAGUUUUACAGUAAAAAUCCAUCUCCUGUACAUUUAAGUUCAUUAAAGGUGGGACAGCUUGUGGCUUCUAAAGCAGAUGAGGAGGCCUGGCUGCGUGCUCAGAUAUCCUCUAUUGAAGAUAAGAAAAUUAAGGUUCUUUAUGUGGACUAUGGAUUUAGUGAAGUUGUUGACACCACCAAAAUUAGUAAACUGGACAAAAGAUUUUGUAUGCUCCCAAUCCAGGCUACGAAAUGCAGGCUAGCAGGUCUGGAAGCUUUCUGUGAUGAUCCUGUUUUAGUGAAGGCUGUAGAGGCUAAAGCCUGUGGUAAAAUACUUGUUGUUGAAAUACUGGAAAAGACAGAAAAACCGCUUGUUGUAUUGUAUGAUACAUCAGGUGAUGAUGAUAUAAACAUAAACGCUAUCUGUCUAAGAGAGUUAUGUGACCGUUCUCUGAGUAUACAAUUGAAGGUGAAUUGUUCGUACGCAAAUGUAAUUGUAACAAAUGUUUGUUCUGAUGGUACCGUAUAUUGCCAGCUCCCAUCAAAGGGCCUCACCCAACUAAAGGAGACAUUGCAGAAAAUUGAAAACCACUUCAACACAAAGACUGUCACUUCAGAUAUAUUUGUAUCACUCCCAUUCUGCGGAAAAAUAUGCCUAUUCCAGAGCAAGGGGAAAUGGGCACGUGUGGAGAUAACAAGUGUCCACAGUAGUCGCGCUCUAGAUGUUCAGUUCCCAGAUUCUGGGACAAUUGCUUCUGUGAAAGUGUCUGAACUGAGAGAAAUUCCAUCUCAGUUUCUAAGGGAGAUCAUCUCAAUCCCGCCUCAGGCUAUUAGGUGCUGUCUUGCAGAUCUUCCACUUAGCAUUGGUAUGUGGACUCCAGAUGCAGUUCUGUGGCUCAGGAACACUGUUUUAAACUGUUCAGAGUGCAGCAUCAAGGUAGUGAAAAUGGAUGAAGCAAAAAACAUGGUGUACGUUUAUCUCUUCACAUCAAAGAACUUUCCUGAUCCUGAACGUAGCAUCAAUCGCCAAAUCACAAAUGAAGAGUUGUGGAAGCAAAAUAAUAAUUCAUUACCUAGCACUGCCCCUAGUUUGUCAAAGAGCAAAGCAGAUGAGACGCUAGCUGCAGUAUCUCGAAAAGAUCAAAGCAAUGUAACAAAGAAACCGACCAUAGAGCAAAACAUAGCAGCCAGUCCCUUAGUUUUGCCUCCACCUCUACCUCUGCCUAAGUCUGGAGAACACAUAGAUGUCUUUGUGUCAGUGGCUUGCCAUCCCGGUCAUUUUGUCUUCCAGCCUUGGCAAGAGUUGCACAAGUUAGAGGUUCUUAUGGAAGAAAUGCUUUUACACUACAGCAAAACAGAAGAGAAAGUGGAUGUGGAGAAGAAUAAGCUGUAUGCUGCAAAGGUGGACAAUAAGUGGUAUCGGGUGCUCUUGAAAGGAAUUCUAACCAAUGGUCUGGUUUCUGUGUAUGAGCUGGACUAUGGCAGACAUGAACUUGUUAAUUCUCGGCAAGUUCAACCCCUGAUUGAUAAAUUUAGACGACUACCCUUUCAGGCUGUGACAAGUCAGCUUGCUGGUGUCAAGUGUGAGCAAUGGUCUGAGGAAGCAUCAAUAGUCUUCAGAAACCACGUGGAAAGGAAGCCUCUUGUGGCACUAAUACAAACUGUUCAGGAUAGCUCUAAUCCAUGGGAUCGGAAGGUUGUGGCAUACUAUGUGGAUACCUCCUUACCAGACACUGAUAUAUGGAUUCAUGACCUCAUGUCAGAAUACCUUGCUGAGCUUUCAAAGCCUGAGUAGCAUGUUCUGCAUACUGUACCUCCUGAGACUCUUACAGUAGAAGCAAUAACAAAUACUUACAUCUUUUAAGAAGUUUACCUGUUCUCCAUUGUUCUGAUUUUUUGAUGAAUGUUAUGAGGUUUGAAAAAUUUACACUUGUUUUCUGUGAAAGAGAAUUUAACAGAUUCCUUUGUUUACAUUGUUUAAAUAAGUUGAUUUUCUGAAGAUUUGCACUUUGUUUAAUAUAGCUGUAUAAAGUUGGAAUAUAAUGCAGAGAAUUUUAUUUAACAAUAAAAAUUACAUAAAAGGGCUUUAGCUGUGCUACAUGCUCGAAUGGA